GGAUUUGUGGCUGUGUAGCAGGAAACACUGUGUGCAUUUAUGGAGUCUGUAUAGUUUUAUUUACUGGAAAAGACAUCUAAAUUGCUACAAACUUUGGGGAAAUGACCAUCGAAAAUGAAAAUGAACCUCUUAUAUCUGACAGUAAAUCUUAUGGAUCUACAUCUCAAGAGAGCUUAACGGACCAUGAUCUCCUCAAUGAAAACAAGCCAAUAAAUUAUAAAGAAGAUGUUAAAACUGAAGAAUUUACUGUGUACUGGUACAGAUGGUAUAUAUGUCUUAUAUUUGCUGUACAAGGCCUGUUGCAAGGAGCUGUAUGGAACACAUGGAGUCCGAUUGAUGAUUCGGCUGAAGCAGCAAUUGGUUUUACAAAAAGCGAUACAGAACUUCUCACCAACUGGGGUCCCAUAUCUUUCAUAAUCACAAUGCCAUUCUACAUGUGGCUGCUACAAAUUAAAGGUCUUAGGUUAACUGUUGUGUCCGGUGCCUUCCUUGUCGCUAUAGCAACAGGACUACGAUGUUUACCCUUGCCCAACCAUAUACUUCAAUACGUAAUUCAUGUGGCUCAGUUUUUAAAUGGAAUUGCUGGUUGUCCGGUAAUGGCUGUUCCACCAAUGUUAUCUAAUGUAUGGUUCCCGCCAGCAGAGCGUAUCACGGCAACAGGAAUUACAACUUUAUUUAACUAUUUUGGCACUGGAGCUGCUUAUAUUAUCGGCCCUUUAUUUGUGAGUGAGCCUCCCAACUCAACGCUUAACAUUUCUUGUUUUAAUGUUUCUAAACAUUCGUUGCCAGUCAACAGUUCAUGUUUUGAGAUAUUUAAAAUAAGACAUGAAAUACAGGCUGUCAUGUAUCUAGAGUUUGGUCUUGCUGCGGCAAAUUUCAUCGCUAUGAUGAUUUUCUUUCCGAAGAAACCACCAACCCCCCCUAGUGUCUCGGCAUCCAAAGCUAGAAUGAGUUUAAUGAGUGGGAUUCUGUCACUCAGACACCAUAGGCAGUAUUUGGUUGUUGCUUUCGUUACUUCAAUAAUAUUUGGUACGUGGGGUGGCUGGACGGGGGUGAUGGCAAUUAUUCUUAAACCUUUGAAAGUUAAACAGAAUGAAUCGGAUUUUAUCGGUUUCAUGAUGACGUUGAUUGGUUGUGCUUCUGGGAUGUUUGUUGGCUGGUUUACUGAUCGAUUGAAAGGAAGAAUGAAAACAAUGUUGUCGAUCUUAUUUAUCGUCAGUUUUCUUGCGUUUCUAUAUUUCGUUCUUCUCUGCCUACCAUCAGUUAAUGUGGAUCCAUUCAAGCCAGGAAAAGUGGAAAUAUGGACGACUAUGAUAAUCCUUGGAUCGCAAUCAAUGCUGCUGUACCACUUGGUAUGGAGUUAGCUGCUGAUUCAGCCUACCCUGUCAGUGAAGCUACAUCCACAUCUGUACUUGUGUGGUUUUAUAACAUCUGUUCAUUUGUUUUCUUGAUAGGCCUCAAAGUUUCAAGUGAUGUAACCUUCGCAAACUAUCUCCUGCUUGGUUGUUUUGGUGUCGGAUUCAUUGCUCUCUUUUUUGGAACCAAAGAAAUCAACCACCGAUUGGCGCUAGACGCCGGAGAUAAUUUAUCGUAAAUUUCUAGUUUUUGUUCCAAAUUUGAAAAAUAUGUUCCAAA